AUUCAGGACUCACAAUUAUACGCACCAUCUCCAUCUAGGACAUCAGAAGAAAAUGGAAGUUCUUUCGAAUUAAACAACCGGGAAUUGUCACGUGCGACAGAAAAUAGCUCUCAUGAUAUUGAUAUGGGAGAGGUUAAUGAUAAUAUGAGUGAUCAUUUAAGGAUGUUAGUUGACAGCUACCGUAAAAGUUCUAUUGCCACUAGAAUUAGGAAUGAAAUAGAUCGUUCUAAUGUACCAGUUUUAACAUCGGUCCAAGAAUCAUUAAUUCUUAGUUCUCAUCGUCGUGCAUCGUGGUCUACACAAUUUAAAAUUUUAUCGGAUCGUACAUUCAAAAAUUUGUAUAGAAAUCCUAUGUUAAUGUUAACACAUUAUUGUAUCAGUGUUUAUCUUGCAGGUAAGUUUAUUUAA